AUGCCUACCUACAUUGUUACCUGCAAGGAGGAUGCGACCCCCGAUCAGGUCGAUGCUGCAAAGAAGCAUGCCGAGGAGCAGGGAGGCAAGAUCGGCCACUCUUAUAAUCUGAUCAAGGGCUUCUCUGUUGAUUUCCCCGAAGACUCUAUCAGCACGCUCGAGAGCCACGAGCACGUCAAGGCAGUCGAGAAGGACCAGGUGGUCAAGACACAGUAG